GAGCAGGGAGCCGAGCCGGACCCCCGCCCCGCCCCGCGCGCCAGUCCCCGGGCACGUCCUUCUGCUGGCUGCCUGCUCUUUGGUGAAUAAACGGAUCCUCGCUUUCUCUACAAGCAAAUCUAAGUGCCGGGGGUGGAGCGGAGCCGUGGUCCAAGGCGGAACAGGUACGCCGGGGGUGUCCUGCGCCUUGAGAGUUGGGAAUUUGAUCCUGUGCCAUGGGUGGCCGGGCCGAGCCCCUGAGCCCCCUGACCCGCUGGUACAUCUACGCCAUCCACGGCUACUUCUGCGAGGUGAUGUUCACGGCCACCUGGGCCUUCGUGGCCGAGCGGGACUGGAAGUUCCAGGGCGUCACCAGCGUCUGGGCCCUGUUCAUCUACGGCACGUCCAGCCUGGUGCUGGAGCGGAUGUACCUGGUGCUGCGGGGUCGCUGCCCCCUGCUGAGCCGCUGCGUGUGUUACACCCUCUGGAUCUACCUGUGGGAGUUCGCCACUGGCUACCUCCUGCGCCGGUUCGACGCCUGCCCCUGGGACUACAGCCACUUCCGCUACCACCUCAUGGGGCUGGUGACGCUGGAGUAUGCCCUCUUCUGGUUCCUGGGCUCCCUGGUGCUGGAGAAGCUGAUCAUCGGGAACACCCUGCGGCUGCGGCUGGAGGGGCCCAGCCCCGCGGCCGCCCCCCCCGGCCGCUUCGCACCCCGCAAGGACGCCUGA